UCCUCUGGGUGCCAAAAUACAGAACAUGUCUGGCUGCUCUGGCAGUUCUGUUACAGAGAUGCUUUUACACUAAUACAAGCGUACACUAGGAACACACAUGUAGAUUUCAUUCUGCCCUUAUUCUCCCACUAAGUAUUGAGCACAAUGUUAUACACAAUGUAUUUUUCUUUAAGCAGGAAAAAAAAACAGAGUAAAAGUUCACGCAACAGCAAGGCGGGAGUUUCAGCACAACUUGGCACUAGCAGCAUGCCAAACUCUACUGCCUGAAAGAAAACACUUUGGGAGGAGACCUUGAGGCAGCAGUGAGACACCAGAGCUGCCAGCAGUCACAUUAUGGAGCACUUGUUUGACUACGUGGGACACUUUGGGAGAUUCCAGGCCUACCUAUACUUUGCAUCUGCCUUCCAAACUAUCUCUUGUGGAAUCCACUAUUUGGCUUCAGUGUUUAUUGCUGUAACUCCAAAAUUCAUAUGCAGAGCUCCAGGAAACAUCAGCACUGUGUUGCUGCCAAAUGCUUCCACUCUCAGACUGGAGGAUGCCUGGGAAUCAUGGACAUCUAAAGAUUAUCUUGUUGUCCAGCAGGAAAAUGGUGAUAUUUGGGAGCUUAAUCAAUGCAGCCUAUUAAAGAGAGAAGAUGCUUCUUACCUCACAUAUUUCUAUGAUGGAAAUAAAACAUUAUUCUCUUGUUCCAAUGGUUAUCACUAUGACAAAUCAAAUCUAGAGAGCAGCAUAGUUACUGAAUGGGACUUGGUCUGUGACAGAGAAUGGCUUGCGAAGCUCAUUCAGCCAAUCUUUAUGCUUGGAGUUCUUAUUGGAGCUGUGAUUUUUGGCGACAUUGCUGACAGAGUGGGAAGACGACCGAUUAUUUGGAUCACAAGCACUGGCCAGUUUUUGUUCGGAAUUGCCGUGGCAUUCACCUUCGACUACUACAGCUUUGUGAUUGUACGAUUCCUCCUGGCAAUGGUAUCCAGUGGUUACUAUGUGGUUGUAUUUGUAUAUUUGACAGAAUAUGUGGGAAUCAAAGCUCGCACAUGGGCCUCCAUGCAUGUCCAUGCUUUCUUUGCUGUUGGAGUUAUGAUUGUGAGCUUGGUUGGCUUCUUGGUGCGUACGUGGUGGAUCUACCAGAUCAUCCUUUCUCUAACAACUCUUCCCUUUGUGCUGUGCUGUUGGAUGCUUCCUGAAACACCUUUCUGGCUCUAUUCACAAGGAAAAUACAAGGAGGUUGAAAAACUAAUUAGAACCAUAGAAAAAUGGAAUAAAAUUAGCACCCCAUGCAAACUGUCUGAAUUAUGUCCAGCCCAAGAAACUCAUGUGGACCAACCAAAUACUUUGAAAAACCACAAUGUCUUAGACCUCUUCUAUAACUGGAGCUUUGCAAGAAGGACCAUUACAGUGUGGCUGAUAUGGUUUACUGGAAGUUUGGGAUACUAUGUGUUUGCCUUGAAUUCUGUGAAUUUGGGAGGGAAUGAGUAUUUGAACCUUUUUCUGACAGGUGCUGUGGAAAUACCAUCCUACAUUGUUGCUUGUCUUGGAAUGGACAAAAUUGGGAGAAGGAAUACACUGGCCCCAUUCCUCAUAAUCAGUGCUGUAAUCUGUGGCGUGAUAAUGUUAAUUCCCCAGGACCACAGCACCGUAACUAUAGCAAUGAGCAUGGCAGGAAAGUUUUCCAUAGCAGUUGCAUUUGGACUAAUUUACUUAUACACUGCUGAACUGUAUCCAACAAUAGUACGGUCCCUUGCCGUUGGCAGUGGUAGCAUGAUGUGUCGCAUUGGGAGUGUCGUUGCCCCCUUUUGCGUCUACCUGACAGAUGUUUGGAUAUUCAUGCCACAGAUGCUGGUUGGAAUAAUGGCUUUCCUUACUGGAAUAUUAACGUUAACGCUUCCUGAAACCCUGGGGAUUCCGUUGACAAGCACAAUGGAAGAAGCAGCAGAAAUGGGAACAACCAGUGGGAUCACUAAAAGGAAAGCACUUACAGAAAGUAAUGGGGUUGUGAUGGAAAAGCUCGACCAGACAACAGACAACGCUGCUUCCUAAAAGGUCUUCAUAUUCUUAUACAACGUGACCAUAACUGGUUUAUUCAUUUGCUGCAGGGGAGAACACUGAGGGGCACAUUUACUAAGCUUGAGUGAAGGAUUAGAAUAAAAAAUACUUUGAAUUUCAAAGUUUUUUUUGGCUACUUCAACCAUCACAUUGGCUACUUCAACCUUCGACUACGAUUUCGACUUCGAAUCGAAUGAUUCAAACUAAAAAUUGUUAGACUAUUCGACCAUUCGAUAGUCGAAGUACUGUCUCUUUAAAAAAAACUUUGACUACCUACUUCGCCACCUAAAACCUACCGAGCACCAAUGUUAGCCUAUGGGGAAGGUCCCCAUAAGCUUUCUAAGGUUUAUUUGAUCGAAGGAAAAUCGUUCGAUCGAUGGAUCGAACGAAAUGCAGUAAAUCCUUCGACUUCGAUAUUCGAAGUUGAAGGAUUUUACUUCGAGGUUCGAAUAUGGAGGGUUAAUUAACCCUCGAUAUUUGACCAAUAGUAAAUGUGCCCCUGAGUGUUUUUUGUUCUCUAAAACCAUUUGAUCUGUAUUUUCAAAAACAAUAAUAAUAUGCUGCUACACAGUGGGCUUCUGGGAUGAAUCAGGACUUGGAAGUACACAGUAUCCACAAUAAGGCAUACAUCUGUGGUCCAAUAAAAAUAUUUGUAUAAAUACAUUAAAUAAAAUUACAAUAAAAUAAUAUAUUAAUGUAAAAGUAAUAGUUAUUAUAGACAUCGUUUUGAAAAACAAAUGUUGAUCAACAGAAAUGCUAGAAUUAUAGCUUUACAUCAGAUUACAGAAUAUAGUUAAUUAAUGAAGCAGGCAUGCACAAGUGACGACCAUCGGUGCUUGUUUUGGCUGAUCAGAUGAUGGACCCUGAGCUUUGUUGCACAGUAGGUUACAAGCAGAGGGUUACUUUGAAUAAAGAAAGUAAUACACACCUCCAUCCCAUCUGCAGAACAUUGUGUGCCAAACAAAAUACGGCAACAUCUCAUCGCACAAGAAUUGGCUCUGUGACAUGACUUAUUUGAUCCUUUGUUCUGGAAGGAUUUUGUUUGACAUAAAAAUUCACACAUAAACUUGUACAGAGUAUGAUAGGCUAGACAACAUUUUGUAACAGCCUUGUGCAUUAAUUCCAUUUAUACUGUAUAUCAACAGAAAAUGUAAGAAAUAAACACUAUUAAACACUGAAA